AUUAUAAAUCGUCGUUUAAUAUUCAAAUGAGCCGCGAGUUUUAAUAAGCAGCGGCGCGCAUCGUAUCCGCGAUGUAUGGUAUGGUAGUUAGGUAGAUGGUAGUAUGGUGUAUCCCUGUCACCUGUCACUGCGCAAGUAUGAUGACAUAUUUCGAUUGACGUAUACGUGCGUGCAUAUCUCUCCAGAUACGUCAGAGAGGAAGUCAGAGGAAGUAAUCGCGGUGUAGUGUGUAUAUGCUGUACAAAUUAGCUUUUUUCUCUCCUUUCUCUAGCUCGUUUAUAUAUUAAACUAGAAAAAUGAGGAGUGGUAGCAGAUUACUAAAGGUUCUCCUGCAAGCUUCAGAGAAGGCAGCAAACAUUGCCAGGACUUGCCGACAGAAGGAAGCUUUAUUUCAGUUAUUGGUACAAGAAAAAUCCUUGGAAGAAAAGAAUCCACGUUUUUUCCAAGACUUCAAAACAUUAGCUGAUGUCCUCAUUCAAGAAACUAUUAGACACGACAUAGAAAUUGAGUUUCCAGAGCUGGCUAAGUUGGUACAAGGCGAGGAAACUAAUGUAUUCAGUAAUACCUUAGGAGAAUCUAUUAUUGUUGAAGUCUGUUCAUGCAGCAAAGAAACAACACAACUGUUGACUAAAGUUAUGGGCAACGAUGCUGUGGCAGCGGAACUGCUUGCUACCGAAGUCCAUAAAGACAUUCAGCUUUCUGAUGUGCCAAUCAUGUUAGAGAUCCCCACUGAUUUUGACAUCAAUGUUGAUGAUCUUGGUAUUUGGAUAGAUCCGAUCGAUUCAACAGCGGAUUACAUAAGUGCAACGGAGGUCAUGGACGAGCAGACUGGUUUACAUUUAAGUGGCUUACGUUGUGUCACUGUAUUAAUUGGAGCAUAUAAGAAAAGUACAGGGGUACCAGUUUUGGGUGUUGUUAAUCAACCUUUUUACACCAAUAUUGAUUCUCAGUGGACGGGGAAGUGUUAUUGGGGUUUUCUGGGAGGUGGCAUUAGCAAGUCUUCCAUAGGUAACACGGGCAACGCCGAUAAAAUCAUUUUACUCAGCCGUUUUGAAGACGCAGACGUAAAAUCAAAGCUGCUAAACAACGGAUUCAGAUUAAUGGAAGCGACUGGAGCGGGAUACAAGAUAUUGAGCGUUGCUCUUGGACAAGCGGCCGCUUAUAUUUUGUCAAAGGGUUCCACUUUUAAGUGGGAUACGUGCGGACCACAAGCACUUCUAUCGUCGGUAGGCGGAGGCAUCAUCGAGUUUAAAGAGUUUAUCGUAAAUCCAAAUUCAGAAAAUCUGAGUGUGAAUUAUUUACCUAUCGGCACGAAUUUUUCCAACCGUGCAGGCUUGAUAGCGUACAGAGAUCCUCAAAUUUUGGAAAGUUUCAAGUGUAUUUUAUGUAAAUCAUCUAAUUCAAAUUAAAAAAAAUAUUAUGACGAAGAUGUAUCAUGAUAACAUCUGAUAUUAUAUUCCGAAGAUUUUUUUCAAUAAUUACAUAAUAUAAUUUAUAUUUUGAUAUUAUAUAAGUAAAUUGUAUUUCAUUCCAUAUAAAUUUUAUGUAAAAGAACUAAAUGUUGUGUUUUUAUGAACUGUUUUUAGUGAUUAUUUUGUGAUAUUAUCUAUAGAUUCUGAUUCAAUUGUACAAGAUGUUUAUAAUACAGAUGACGUGUCCAGUAAUAAACUAAUAUAAUAAUAGCUAUUGAUUGGAUAAAUAGAUUAUCAUUAUUUGCUUAAUUGAUGUUAAUUGUGAUAUAAUAAAUAUGGGUCCAAAUAUAGAUCAUUCAAUAUAU